UCGUAUCGGCUGUUGUCGAUGUUGUCAAAAAUUGUAGGUAUUAUUUUAUAUUUUAUAAAAUUCCAAAUUAACAUGGAUCGGAAUAAUCGGGCGAUACGGCCUUGGCCACGCAGAAAUCCUGAUCCCGAACAGGAGGAGCCGAAUGAGAUUAAUGCGCGCAAGCUGCGGAUCUUCAUCUUUAAAGUUUACCUGUGCGCCGCCAUCCUGUGCCUGCUGUCUGCUAUUCCGUGGAUCUGUGUAUCGGUGUUGAAACCGCCUGUCUAUAGUGAUAUUCCGGUGCCGCCGUUUAUGUGGCUCAUUAUCACCUUCGUCCUCCUCACGGUACUUAGCUGUGCACCGCAGACGCCGGUAACUCUGUGGCUCUGCUGGGGCUUGGUCCUCGGCUCCCUGUUCUUCAUCACCCUGUUCGGCUGCUACUUCGUGGUCUUAAUGUCCGUGUGGGUGGUGGUGGGGGCCAUGGGCAUUUCCGUGGUUCUGCUGGCCCUGCUCCACCUGUACGGAGCCAAGGCUCCAAUGCUUAUGCUGCCCAACAUGCUCUGCACCUGCGCCGUAAUGCUAGUGGGCUUCAUCACGCUCUUCGUGCUCCUCAUGAUGUCGUUAUUCACCAAUGAUGGCCGUUACGUCUUGGCCAGUGCUAUUGUGUUCUUCAUCAUAGUGAUCUUCUUGGCUCCCUUCCAGGCCAGCUUCAUUUGCGGACGGUUGCAGCAAGUGCCGUACGGGGAAGUAGCCAGCUGUGCCAAUGGGAUUUACAUGCACUUCUGUUUCCUGGCGACCUGCCUGAUGAUCUUUGCUAGUUUUACAAAAUAAAUAUUUCAGAGU